CGCCUGAUGCGUAUACUUCCUUUCUUGCAGCUGGGCUUCGCUGCUCAGGUGCCAUUAUAUUCCACUUCCAUUUCACCAGCUUCUGUCCCACAAAUCCCUCAGAUGGCUACACAUUUUACCCUCAGCGAGGGUGCAAAUGCACUCUCCCCGCAGGAUAUGCUUACCCUUUCUCGGCCUGGUGCUCCCCUGCCAAAUGAUAUUGGUGAUCUUGCUAUCGUACCCAUCAGCACUUACUCUUUUCAGGACCGCAAGUCCCACAAGUCACUUUCUGUUAUCGCUCUCAGCGAUGGCCAGACCUACGACAUUCCUUUGCCGGAUGGCGGCGAUGCCUUCUGGCUUGAUUCUCGCACAAUCGCACAUAUCGUGACAAAGGAUGACACACAGAGUCUCUACACCAUCCCCAUCAGCACUUCUCCUCUCUCGUCUGACCUCUCCUCCCACGUAGGAUCCUUCCCCAUUACCACUGCAAGCGCCUUCCGCUACAACCCCAGCGCUCAGCACCUCAUGUUCUCCGCAUACGUUUAUCCUGAUGGCCUCGUCGAGACUGUAAAGGAGCAGGACGCAGCGUAUGAGAAUCGGGGCAAUUCUGGUCUGGUGUAUGAUGAGACGUUUGAGCGCCAUUGGGAUACGUGGGUUGGGCCUAAGAGAAAGGCUCUCAUUGGGAUCAGUCUGGCAAAAGUAGGUGCGAAGUGGGUACUGGGGGAAACUUACGUGAAUGUGCUAAAGGGGACGGGACUCUCUUCCCCCGUAGAACCGUUCGGCGAAGCAGAUGACUAUGAUAUUUCCCAAACGCAUGUCAUCUUCACUGCCAAGGACCCACAGCUUCCCAGGGCCGUGCACACCAGGCAGAAUAUUUACAUUGUUACACAUGACGGAAAAGACCUCAGACAACUCACCUCGGGCAUCCAAGGUGCGACACACUCACCCGUAUUCAGCCCUUCUGGCGAUAAAGUCGCCUGGCUUGAACUGGCUCUUGAUGGGCAUGAGAGUGAUCGUGCGAGAGUGGUGAUCUACGAUCUCGAGAAAGAUGUCCGGUUCACCAUCACGGAGGACUGGGACCGCUCCCCUGAUUCUAUUAUUUUCUCCCCUUCCGCUGCCCUCAUUUACGCCACCACCGGCGAUCACGCCCGCAUCAAGAUAUUUGCGCUGGCUAUCCCACCUACACCUCCCCCCAAUUCCACACAGAUCACUCAACCUACAGCCCUCACAUCCAGAGGUUCUAUAUCUGGCUUCACACCAAUCCCAGGUGGCAGGGCCACCUUUGCGCUUUCAAGCUUGACGUCUCCAAAUGAGGUGUACGAGCUUAGUGGGCUUGAUGCCGUCGAGCGGGAUCUCUUAGCAGGAAUGAACGCAGAUGUGAAGGCGACGACGCUUACCCGCCUUACUUCGUUCUCUUCUGCUGGGCUCCAGGGCAAAGAUCUCGCUCCCGGGAAGGAUUUUUGGUUCAAAGGUACGGCUGAGGGGCAGGACACUCACGGUUAUGUGAUUACCCCACCUGGAUUCGAACGCGGGAUUAAUGGGAAGUGGCCUGCGGUGAUGUUUAUUCAUGGAGGUCCAGAGAGCGCUUGGUUUGAUCAGUGGUCGACGCGGUGGAAUCCUAAUGUCUUUGCAAGCCAGGGGUAUAUAGUCGUUGCUAUUAAUCCAACGGGAUCUACUUCAUUUGGACAGAAAUUCACAGAUGGAAUCAAUAAAAACUGGGGAGGCCGUCCCAUCCAAGACUUGCUGAUGGGAUGGAAGUAUAUCCUUCAAGAAUACCCAGAGAUUGACCAAAACCGCACGGCGGCGGCUGGUGCUAGUUAUGGUGGAUAUGCAAUCAACUGGAUCCAAGGCAACCCCGAACUCGGAUUUGGGUUCAAGGCACUGGUCUGCCACGAUGGAGUGUGUUCCCCCUUGUGGCAUGAAGGAUUCAACCACGAAUGGGGAGGACGUCCGUGGGAUCCUGCCGCAAUCGAAGCCUCGCGGAAAUAUAGCCCCGUGCAUACCGUCGCCAAGUGGUCGACCCCACAAUUGAUAAUUCAUAGCAGCAAGGAUUACAGGAUUCCAGAGGGAGAUGGUAUUGGGGUGUUCCAUGCAUUGCAGCAGUUGGGCGUUCCAAGCCGCCUUUUGAUCUUCCCAGACGAGAACCAUUGGGUGAUAAACGCUGGGAAUAGUUUGAAAUGGCACUACGAAGUAUUUAGGUGGUUGGAUCAGUUCGUCGGGCGUUCUUAGACAUAAAAGCGUGACUAGGAGAGAAUCU